UCUUUCUCAAACGCUUUCUCCAUUUGAUUCUUUCUUCUGCAAUCUCUUUUACUUUCUCUCUCCUCUCGCGGAAAUUCCGCCAUUGUUGAGGAGACCUUAAUUUCUCUCUGUUAAUUACAAACGAUAUAGUUCUGUUUCAUCUCAAAUCUGGACUUCUCAUUGUAAUUAUUAUAUAAAAUCAUAAUAUCAUCAAUAAUACUUAUAUCAUCAUCAUCAUCCUCAUCAUCAAUUGGAUUAAAAUCGAUCUAAAAAAAAAUUUAAUCGAAAGAACUUGAUAUUUUUGUUCUUUGUAAGAUUUGGCGGCAUGUCGGUGGCUGCAGGAGUAGGUUCGGUACUACAAAUCCGCAGCAAAGUAGGUUCGGGAGGAAUCUUCACGAACAACCACACACAAAACGAUGCUGGAGGUGUUGUUUUGGUUCCGUCGUUGUAUAGGUUCGGGAGAAGAACUUCCCGAAGCUACGCGGUUCGGAGGUCCGAAGCUAAGAUCUGUGAGAGUAAAUUCUUCGGAAAUAGGUUACGAUCUGAGAGAUUAAAUCCUUUGAUUCGUGAGCCGAAGAUAAGGUCUGUUAUCCGAUCCGCAUUAUCGCAGGUUCCGGAGCAGCCUCUUGGUUUAUACGAUCCGAAAUAUGAUAAGGAUUCUUGCGGUGUUGGAUUCGUCGCAGAACUUUCCGGCGAAAGUAGUCGUAAAACGGUGACGGAUGCUGUAGAAAUGUUAGUGAGGAUGUCACACAGAGGUGCGUGUGGUUGUGAGACUAAUACUGGAGAUGGUGCUGGUAUUCUUGUUGGUCUUCCUCAUGAUUUCUACAAAGAGGUGACAAAGGAUCUUGGUUUUGAGUUGCCACCACUUGGGCAAUAUGCAGUAGGGAUGUUUUUCUUGCCUACUUCAGAGAGUAGAAGGGAAGAAAGCAAAAAUGUGUUUACUAAGGUUGCUGAAUCACUUGGGCAUACUGUCCUUGGAUGGCGUACUGUCCCGACUGACAACUCAGGACUGGGUAAGUCUGCUUUGCUGACUGAACCAGUUGUGGAACAGGUGUUUCUUACACCUACGCCUCGAUCAAAAGCGGACUUUGAGCAGCAGAUGUACAUACUGAGGAGGGUUUCAAUGGUAGCUAUUAGAGCCGCUUUGAACCUCCAACAUGGUGGUGUUAGGGACUUCUAUAUAUGUUCCCUGUCCUCAAGGACUGUUGUUUACAAAGGUCAGUUGAAGCCUUCUCAACUGAAGGAGUACUACUAUUGGGACCUUGGCAAUGAAAGGUUUACGAGCUACAUGGCCCUGGUGCAUUCUCGUUUCUCUACCAACACAUUUCCAAGUUGGGAUCGUGCUCAGCCAAUGCGUGUUUUGGGUCAUAAUGGGGAGAUCAACACUCUUCGUGGCAAUGUAAAUUGGAUGCGUGCACGUGAAGGACUGCUCAAGUGCAAGGAACUUGGUCUGUCAAAGAAUGAGAUGAAAAAACUUUUGCCUAUUGUGGAUGCCAGUUCAUCUGAUUCAGGAGCCUUUGAUGGCGUUCUUGAGCUCUUGGUUCGUGCUGGUAAAAGUAUUCCCGAAGCUGUCAUGAUGUUGAUUCCAGAAGCAUGGCAGAAUGACAAAAAUAUGGAUCCUCAACGGAGGGCUUUUUACGAGUACUUCUCAGCCCUAAUGGAACCAUGGGAUGGGCCAGCUCUUAUAACAUUCACUGAUGGCCGAUACCUUGGAGCCACAUUGGAUCGGAAUGGUUUGCGUCCUGGCCGUUUCUAUAUAACUCACAGUGGACGAGUUAUAAUGGCAAGUGAGGUUGGAGUUGUUGACAUUCCACCAGAAGACGUAUCCAAGAAAGGGCGUUUGAACCCUGGUAUGAUGCUUUUGGUCGAUUUUGACAAGCACAUUGUUGUGGAUGAUGAUGCCCUGAAAAAGCAGUAUUCACUUGCUCGGCCAUAUGGGGAUUGGCUGAAAAGACAGAAAAUAGUCUUGAAGGACAUAGUUGAUUCUGUGGCCCAGACAAAAAGGAUUGCUCCCCCUAUUUCUGGAGCAGUGGCUGUUUCUAAUCAGGAUGAAGAUAUGGAGAAGAUGGGCAUUUAUGGUUUGCUAGCACCAUUGAAGGCUUUUGGGUAUUCUGUUGAGGCUUUGGAAAUGCUGAUGAUUCCCAUGGCGAAAGAUGCUACUGAGGCCCUUGGUUCUAUGGGAAAUGAUACUCCCUUGGCUGUGAUGUCAAACAGGGAGAAACUCACUUUUGAGUACUUCAAGCAGAUGUUUGCUCAAGUCACGAACCCUCCCAUUGAUCCUAUUAGAGAGAAGAUUGUGACGUCCAUGGAGUGCAUGAUUGGUCCUGAAGGUGAUCUCACAGAAAUCACUGAGGAGCAGUGCCAUCGUCUCUCACUGAAGGGGCCUCUUUUAUCUAUCGAGGAAAUGGAAGCUGUUAAAAAGAUGGACUACAGAGGCUGGCGUAGUAAGGUCAUUGACAUCACGUAUCCCAAGACCCUUGGUAGAAAAGGCUUGGAGGAGACGUUGGACAGGAUCUGUGCUGAAGCAAGGGAUGCAAUAAAGGAGGGUUACACAGUUUUGGUUCUGUCUGACAGAGCUUUCUCGCCAAGUCGAGUUGCAGUGAGCUCUCUCUUGGCUGUUGGCGCCGUUCAUCAGCAUUUAGUUAAGACUCUUGAGCGUACCCGUGUUGGUCUGAUUAUCGAAUCUGCAGAGCCACGUGAAGUGCACCACUUCUGUACUCUGGUUGGUUUUGGAGUGGAUGCAAUUUGUCCGUAUUUGGCCAUUGAAUCUAUAUGGAGGCUGCAAGUAGACGGAAAGAUCCCACCUAAAUCAACUGGUGAGUUUCGUUCAAAAGAUGAACUCGUGAAGAAGUACUUCAAAGCAAGCAACUACGGAAUGAUGAAAGUUCUUGCAAAGAUGGGAAUAUCUACUUUGGCGUCGUACAAGGGAGCUCAGAUCUUUGAAGCUGUGGGUCUCUCCUCAGAAGUAAUCGAGAGGUGUUUCACUGGAACUGCGAGUAGAGUUGAAGGUGCAACUUUUGAAAUGUUGGCCUCCGACGCACUCAAACUUCAUGAGAUGGCAUUUCCAAGGCGUGCUCUUCCAAUUGGAAGCGCAGAAUCAGUGGCACUACCUAAUCCAGGGGAUUAUCACUGGAGGAAAGGUGGGGAACUUCACCUCAAUGAUCCCCUUGCAAUAGCCAAGUUGCAGGAGGCUGCUAAAACUAACAGUGUAGGAGCUUACAAAGAAUAUUCCAAUCGUAUAAAUGAGUUGAAUAAAUCAAGCAAUCUCAGAGGGCUCUUAAAGUUCAAGGAGGUGGCUGGGAAAAUUCCCUUGGAAGAGGUGCAGCCUGCCAGUGAGAUUGUGAAACGAUUCUGUACUGGUGCCAUGAGUUAUGGGUCGAUAUCCCUCGAGGCACACUCGACUCUUGCUGUUGCUAUGAACAAGUUGGGAGGAAAAUCUAACACAGGCGAGGGAGGUGAGAAUCCAUCACGUCUGGAGCGUCUCCCGGAUGGUUCAAUGAAUCCCAAGCGUAGCUCUAUUAAGCAGGUGGCAAGUGGAAGAUUUGGUGUUUCCAGUUAUUAUCUGACCAAUGCUGAUGAAUUACAAAUCAAGAUGGCUCAGGGUGCUAAGCCUGGUGAGGGAGGUGAACUCCCUGGUCAUAAGGUGAUUGGAGAUAUUGCUCUAACAAGGAACUCUACAGCUGGUGUUGGACUUAUAAGCCCUCCUCCCCAUCACGACAUUUAUUCAAUUGAGGACCUUGCACAACUAAUUCAUGACUUGAAGAAUUCCAAUCCUGCGGCCCGAGUCAGUGUUAAGCUUGUAUCUGAAGCUGGUGUUGGAGUAAUCGCUGCUGGGGUUGUCAAGGGGCAUGCUGACCAUGUUUUGAUAUCUGGACAUGACGGAGGUACUGGAGCUUCUCGAUGGACAGGCAUAAAGAAUGCUGGGCUUCCUUGGGAGCUUGGCCUGGCUGAGACCCAUCAAACUCUGGUUGCUAAUGACCUUCGAGGCCGUACUGUUCUUCAAACAGAUGGUCAACUGAAAACAGGAAGAGAUGUGGCAAUUGCAGCUCUUCUAGGAGCUGAAGAGUUUGGUUUCAGCACUGCUCCCCUUAUAACACUAGGGUGUAUAAUGAUGAGGAAAUGUCAUAAGAAUACUUGUCCAGUGGGUAUUGCUACACAGGAUCCUGUCCUUCGAGCAAAGUUUGCUGGUGAGCCUGAGCAUGUAAUCAAUUUCUUCUUCAUGCUAGCAGAGGAGGUCAGGGAGAUAAUGUCUCAGCUUGGGUUCAGGAACCUUGAUGAGAUGGUUGGGCGUUCAGAUAUGCUUGAAGUUGAUGAAGAAGUUACAAGCAGCAACGAGAAGCUGAAGAACAUUGAUCUUUCUCUCUUGCUUAGGCCAGCUUCUACCAUCCGUCCAGGUGCCGCCCAGCGAUGCGUCCAGAAACAGGAUCAUGGCUUGGACAUGGCUUUGGAUCAAGAGCUGAUUGAACUUUCUAAAGCUGCCCUGGAAAAGGCGCUUCCUGUAUAUAUUGAAACCCCGAUCCGGAAUGUAAACCGUGCUGUUGGAACUAUGCUUAGCCAUGAGGUGACAAAGCGGUACCACUUGCAAGGGUUACCUACAGACUCUAUCCACAUCAAGUUUAAUGGGAGUGCGGGCCAGAGCCUUGGAGCUUUCCUUUGUCCUGGUAUUACUUUAGAGCUUGAAGGUGACAGCAACGAUUAUGUUGGGAAAGGGUUAUCUGGUGGCAAGAUUGUUGUAUAUCCUCCUAGUACUAGUGGCUUUGAUCCCAAAGAGAACAUUGUAAUUGGCAAUGUAGCUCUUUAUGGAGCAACUAGUGGAGAAGCAUACUUCAACGGGAUGGCAGCAGAAAGAUUUUGCGUGCGUAAUUCAGGGGCAAAGGCUGUUGUGGAAGGCGUUGGGGAUCAUGGUUGUGAAUAUAUGACUGGUGGAACUGUAGUGGUAUUAGGCAAAACUGGUAGAAACUUUGCUGCAGGUAUGAGUGGUGGUGUAGCAUAUAUCUUCGACGUGGAUGGGAAAUUCCAUUUGCGAUGCAAUCCUGAGCUAGUAGAUCUUGAUAAAGUAGAGGAUGAAGAGGAUAUAACGACUCUAAGAAUGAUGAUUCAGCAACAUCAACGUCACACAAACAGCAAGCUGGCUCAGGAAGUGCUUGCGAACUUGGACUAUCUCUUGCCUAAGUUUAUUAAGGUCUUCCCUAGAGACUACAAGCGAGUACUUGCAAGCAUGAAAACUGAUGGAGCAUCCCAGGAGGUUGGAGGUAAGGUGGCUGAUGAAGAGAAAGAUGAAAUUGAGGUGAUGGAAAAAGAUGCUUUUGAAGAACUUAAAAAGAUGGCGGCUUCUGCUUUGAAAGAGCAAGCAAAUCAGACAGAGGAAGUAGAAGAAGAGUUUAAGCGGCCUUCUCGGGUUCCUGAUGCUCAAAAACAUCGUGGUUUUGUUGCAUAUGAGCGUGAGGGGAUUCAGUAUCGUGAUCCUUAUGAAAGGAUGAAAGAUUGGAAGGAGGUUAUGGAUGAAAGAAGACCUGCUCCCCUGUUGAAGACACAAUCUGCUCGGUGCAUGGAUUGUGGUACUCCAUUUUGCCAUCAGGAAAAUUCAGGAUGCCCGCUUGGCAAUAAGAUUCCGGAAUUCAAUGAAUUAGUUUACCAGAACAGGUGGCGUGAAGCCCUAGAUCGACUCUUGGAAACAAAUAACUUCCCGGAGUUCACUGGUAGAGUUUGCCCUGCCCCUUGUGAGGGUUCCUGUGUUCUUGGCAUCAUUGAGAAUCCCGUGUCAAUCAAAACCAUUGAAUGUGCGAUCAUAGACAAAGCCUAUGAGGAAGGAUGGAUGGUACCAAGGCCUCCGCAGAAUAGAACUGGGAAAAAAGUUGCUGUAGUUGGAAGUGGACCUUCUGGCUUGGCUGCUGCGGAUCAGCUCAACAAAAUGGGUCAUGUUGUGACUGUUUAUGAACGCUCCGAUAGAAUUGGAGGGCUUAUGAUGUAUGGAGUUCCUAACAUGAAGACUGACAAAGUGGAUGUAGUUCAAAGGCGGGUAAACCUCAUGGCUGAAGAAGGUAUCAAUUUCGUGGUUAAUGCUAAUGUUGGGAAGGAUCCAUUAUACUCCCUUGAUCGGCUCAAGGAGGACAAUGAUGCCAUCGUGUUGGCUGUCGGUGCUACAAAACCAAGGGACCUUCCUAUUGAAGGACGGGAUCUGUCAGGAAUUCAUUUUGCCAUGGAGUUCCUACAUGCCAACACUAAGAGCUUGCUUGACAGUAAUUUACAAGAUGGUAAAUAUAUCUCUGCUAAAGGCAAGAAGGUUGUGGUCAUUGGUGGAGGUGACACGGGGACAGAUUGCAUUGGUACAUCUAUUCGACAUGGGUGUUCUAAUGUUGUUAACUUGGAACUUCUUCCACAGCCACCAAACUCCAGAGCUCCUGGAAACCCUUGGCCACAGUGGCCCCGUGUUUUCCGAGUUGACUAUGGACACCAGGAAGCUGCUGCCAAGUUUGGCAAGGAUCCAAGGUCUUAUGAGGUUCUAACAAAGCGCUUUAUUGGUGACGAGAAUGGUAAGGUCAAAACUCUUGAGUUGGUACGUGUCAAGUGGGAGAAGGAUGCUAGCGGGAGGUUCCAGUUCAAAGAAGUCGAAGGAUCGGAAGAGUACAUCGAGGCUGAUUUGGUACUUCUCGCUAUGGGAUUCCUAGGCCCUGAAGCGAACGUCGCAGACAAGCUGGGUGUAGAGAAAGACAACCGAUCAAACUUCAAGGCUGAGUAUGGUCGUUAUUCAACCAAUGUGGAGGGUGUAUUUGCUGCUGGUGAUUGUAGACGAGGCCAAUCUUUAGUGGUAUGGGCCAUCUCCGAGGGCAGGCAAGCUGCUUCACAAGUUGACAGAUACCUCAUGGGAGAAGAAGAGGUGGCUGUUGGCUCUGAGGUAGAAGAUGCUGUUGGCAAGAGGCAGCAAGAUAGCGGCAAACGCACAGUGAUGACAUAGAUGGCAGUAUGUCUUCCACAAUUGAUUCUUUUCUUUAUGCUUUAAAGAGCCAAUGAAGAUAUCGAAGAGAUUUUGGUUUUUGCUUGUUCUUGUAGAUGUGGAGAGGAUUUAGAAGAGUUUGGUUGAUGACCACCAAAUUUCUUGUGGCUAGUAAUAAGUAGAAAAAUGUGGUCGUAUUUAUUUUUGUUUGCCACAUUUUGUUUAUAUGGACUGCUGCCUAUAUAGCUAAAAGUCUUUUAUCAGGUAGUAGUGGGGCUAGAUAGAACAUUGUACAGUUUUGUUCGAAAGCUAUCUGUAACUUAGAGCUACAAACGUCCGACAUAGCAUAUGAUGUCUGGUGUUAGUUUGAAGCUGAAGCACGAAUAUGUGAUAUAUGUUUUUCCCUUGUGAACAUUUAAUGGUGAAAGCUUGUUCAAUUAAAAUUCUGAGAUUCUGAUA